AUGAAUGAAGAGGAAAGACAUAACAUUCGUAAACUAUGUGAGGAAUACAAGGAUAUAUUUUAUUGUGAACGGAUACCUUUGAGUUUUAGUAAUCAGGUUAAACACUUCAUUCGGACUAAAAACGAGGACCCUAUAUUCACAAAACCUUACAGACUAGCCCCCGUACAAGUAACAGAGAUAAACAAGCAGGUCGAUAAACUUCUAUUAGAUAAUGUAAUUCAGGAAUCUUUCUCCCCAUGGAAUUCUCCCGUACAUCUUGUUCCAAAAAAGGCUGAUGCUUCGGGCGAAGUUAAAUACAGAAUGGUCAUAGAUUACAGAAGGCUAAAUGAAAUUACAAUUGAUGAUAAGUACCCCCUUCCAAAUAUCGCAGACCUUUUCGAUAAACUAGGUAAGAGCACUUACUUUUCGACACUCGACCUGGCCAGCGGCUAUCACCAAAUUGAACUUAAUGAAGAUGACCGACAGAAAACUGCUUUCAGCACCCAAAAUGGACACUAUGAGUUCCUGAGGAUGCCAUUUGGAUUAAAGACAGCCCCCGCCACCUUUCAAAGGGCUAUGAAUAACGUCUUAAGAGGGUUGCAAGGAAUCCAUUGCCUUGUGUACCUUGACGACGUUAUUAUCUUUUCCGCUAGUCUACAAGAACACAUGGAGAAACUCCGUACAGUUUUUGACCGACUUAGAAAGACUAACAUGUAA